UAAACGUAAUAAGUUUCAUUAUAAGUAAGUAAAAACAUAAUUUACAUAGAUUCAUAUAUAGUUUAUUGAUUGUUUAUUUGCUACAUUUUAAUCCAAUCCAUUUUGUUGAGGCAGCACCAGUAAGGAGGUAAACCAUGGCCUUCAAUGAGACUGCAUGCAAGUUGUAUAUGCACUUUUUUUGUUACGCAAUGUUUGUAUACAUACAAUUUGAUCAGCUUACUUUAGUUUAAAUUAUUUUGCGUGUUGUACGAGAUGGCAUUCGUUUUUUUUAGUAUUAUGUAUGCUGCACCUAUUUCUGAACUCACUUUCAUAUCUUCAAAACCAUAUCCAAGGUUAGUUCUAUUAGAUAACUGAUAUAUUUGGACUGAGCAUAUACAUAGAUAUGCAUUUAUGUAUGAUAAAAGAUAUCGUUUUGUGCGAUAACGGUACAUAUUUAGUUUCAACUAAAUAAUAUUAAGAGCACACUUCACCAAAAUACUUUUAGGCAUAAAAUAUUAAGAAACAGAUUUAACUCCGAUUUCAAAUACAAUUACGAGAUCAAUAAAUAUUCAGAAUUAUGGAAAACAGUCGCCACAAUAAUAAUCCGCACCCCACCUCAUCUAACACAAGAGAUGGAAAGUUGAUUAGCAGGCUAAAUUCUCACGAUACAGAAAUCGCAGAAUUGCGACUAGAAAUGGAACAAUUGAUUCAAAGGUAUCGGAACCUGGAAAGAUGGAAGGAAGAAGUUUGUCGCUGGGUGGAACAAGACUUUGGGGAAGACACGCUCUCACGACUUAUAAAUUUGGAGGACCCCUGUGUUAAUGCUUAUGAUGACGAGGCUGCACGAAGCUCUGCAACAGAUAACCAUGAUACUACACAGAUGAACAGCCCCGAGACUGAGGAGAUUGAAAUUGAAUAUAAAAGUUUUAGUCAGUCACGUGAUGUAACGGAAGGGCGUUCAUCAUCAACAGAAACUGUUGCUGCCCCAGAAACCCACAGUGGUAGAAGGCCACCCCCAAAAACCAGUACCCAAAAUAUGGUGCUCGAAACCUCUAAUGAAAUGACACCCACAAUAAAUCGACCCUCGAAGAAACGGCGGUUGGCCAGAGACACAAGUGUUGAAAGAAACGGAAAUUCAUCAUCUGACCAUGACGACGAAAUUAUUAUUGAUGACGAAUCCCAUGUGAUAAUGAAACAAGGUCCUGACUCCGAAGGCGUAAUUAAGAAAGAAUUGAAUGCCGAACCACAACUUGACACCACGCCAUGUUCCGUUUGUGGAAGUGUACUUGAUGAGUAUGGCAACAUUAUGGUCUAUUGCGACAAUCCCGAAUGUGGAAUUUGCGUACACAGUGUGUGUUACGGAAUUCAGGAUAUUCCAGAAGAUACGGAGAAAUGGUCUUGGAAAUGCAAUCCAUGUCGGGAAGGCUUAGACACUGCUAAUUUAAAAUGUCUAUUUUGCAUGAAACUAGGCGGAGCACUUAAACCGGUAUCAAAACCACAACCCCAGCAUAUGAAGAAGAAAGGGAAAUUGUUUAAGCUUGUGAUGACUAAAUGGGAAAAGUGUCCCUGGGCUCAUUUAUUAUGCAAAUGGUGGAUAACAGAGGCAAGCUUAGGCGAUGACAAGCUAAUGGAACCCAUCCAUGUUGAAAAAAUUCCGGAAUUUCGAUGGAACUUAACUUGUAUGGUGUGUCACACGAAAAACGGUGUGGCGAUAAUGUGCUAUGAAAAAGAUUGUGAUAGAGCUUUUCAUCCAAUGUGUGGAUUCAAAGCGAGAGAUAAGGUAAAAAUGCGGAUGGGAUUAAUGGACACGGAGACAGAAUUUAGGGCGGUGUGCAAAUCUCAUAAAAUCAAAGGAGGUAAAAAGCUACCGUCAGGAAAGUAUAUAAUGUGACGAUGUUUACUAAUUAUUUUGUACUGAUUAAACUAUGUACAUAUGGCUACAUGUGUAUGGAAAGGUUGGUACAAACAAAUCUGAGAACCAGGAUUGACAAAAUCCAUACUUUAAGAUAUUAAAGGUCAAAGAUAGUUUAAUUUUUAUAAAGUUUGGCUUAUUUACGAAAAAAAUAAACAUCAAAAGGAAUUUUAAUAUCAUACAUACAUAUUUCAUUUAAAG